AUGUUUAGACUCUUUUGGCCCCUUUCAUCUUCAUCAUCAUCCCCUGCGCUGACGAUACCCACGUAUCUGGGUGGGAACCAGGAAGACUCCAUUGACCUUCAAAUCAAGUCCCUGAUAUACAUGUUCAACAGAUACAGAGUGGACAAGUUGACCCAAUUCCUGACGUGUGUUGAGCCGGGCUACUACAAGUUUGAAUACGUUGAUUCGAUCACCAAUGGCGAAGGAAACGACAAACUAGACAUCAUUUACAACAAGUCGCAGUUCGAGGAGGAGCUUUUGAAAGACGAGUAUCGCAUUCUGAUUGACUAUGUGAGGAACAAAUUCAGGGCAAUGCUGAUUCUGAGUGACUUCCCCAAGGAGAUCGACCAGAUUCCCAAAUUUCCCUGCAAAACGUUCAACUUUGUGGUUUUAAGAGCCGACUCAACUGAUCAGAUUUAUGCUGACGUUCUCAUAAACAAGUCCCACAUUUACUCUGAGUACAAGACGCCGUACGACGUCAAACUCGGAAUUUUGAACAAAGUGCUCAGUGGCCAGAGGAGAUCUCAAAAACCAGGUUCGACCUAUUUCAACAAAUCCGACAGAUCGGCCAUCAUAAAGCAGUAUGUCCAGAGACUCGGGUUCCACAUUCAGGUCGAACGCAUAUACAAAGCGACGUUGCGUUCCAAGGAACAGAUCAACAUCCUGAAACCAUUAGACGAGAACUCGGAGAUGAUAUCUCCAUUCAAGAGUCCUAAGACGUCUCCAAGGCUCAAGCAGCAAAAAUCCACGCUUAAACUGGGCGACGGGCUCGUGACCAAACCAAUACCUCUUUUUCCCUCCAAUGGAACCAAGUUUGUGUCGCCAACCAAGCGAAGGAACUCGGAGCUGGCAGAGGAGAUGCACUCGGCAUUGCCCCCUCCUCCUGCUGCUCCAACUCUGAAAGCCAGGGCCUCAAGAAUGAGACUGAACGAAGCCACUUCACCACCUCGGACGAAAGUCCCAAGUGCAUCUCCAAAGAGGACACUCAGGGAGAAACCAUCCAUGUCAAUCCUGAAAUUGGACAAACUGUAUGCGCAGUCUCAGACACAGAGGACCCAAGAAAAAGCUCAUGAUAGCUUCCUUGAGUACGAUUCGGAUGACAGCAGUGUUCUUUCCGGGUUUGAGGAUGCUUCUGACUUUUCGAACCCUCCCAAUGAGGGAUCAGCGUCUUCGGUCACCAGUGGAUCUGGAGUGUCUAGUGGAAUCUUCAUGGCCAUGACCCUGGAGGAAAAGAAGGGCACUUACGAUAAUUGCAAGUGUGCAGUGAGAAUCAGGGUUGAAAGGGAAAAACAGCUGAUUAGGAAAAAAAUGAACGCAGCAGUUCAAGAGAACAGGUAA